AUGAGUUCUGCCUUGAUGUACAUUUUCAUUAUCGCUACCAUCGCGGGUGUCCUGUUCUACCAGUCUUAUGCCCAGCAGGCGGCCACCACAACCGAAACGUUCUCGCCGCUGGCAGCGUGGGCUCCAGCGGCGCCUGCCCCGGAUGCCUCUGGUCCGGAUGCGGCCACCAUUCCUUCCAUCGACCAAGUCCAAUCUCAGGGCCUCCAAACCGGCGUCUCUACCGCUCUACUCGACCACCCCGACGACCCAGCCUUCCAGCAGAACUUUUUGUUCAACCAGUUCUCGUCCGGCAUCACUCUCAGCCAGCCCAAGAAGUGGAACAACAAUGACAUUCGCGGCUCGCUUCCCCCGCCCCAGAAUGUCGUCAGCCCGUGGCUCCAAAGUACUACCGAACCCGAUAUGCUCAGGAAGCGCCUUGAGGUGGUUUAG